AUGGAAAACGACAGCGACUCGGACGACUCCGGCAUCCUCGUCGAGGAGGUCACCACCGCGCCGAGCGACGACGAGGGCGUCCUCGUCGAGGAGGUGGCCGUCUCGCACGCGGAGGACGACUACGUCAUCGCCGACGCGACCGUAGCCAAUGAAGACGCCUCGGACGACGACGCCGUCGUUAUUGAAGAUGUCACGCACGAGCGCGACAGCUCCGACAGUAGUUCUGACGACGAGGAAGAUGAGGACGAUGACCUGCCCGUCGUCGAGGAGGUCGCGCACCCGAAGCAAAGCUCCGCCAAGCAGCGCGCGCCGCCGUCGCGCGUCGAGCUCGCGCAAGCCAAGGAGGAGAAGCGCGUCGAAGGCAACGCAUUGUUCGCCAAAAAACGUUUUCGAGAUGCCGCCAAGUUUUAUGGAGAGGCCAUCGACCUCGACCCCUACGACCAUUCUCUUUAUUCGAACCGGGCGCUCUGCUUUCUGGAAUUGGGAGCCUUCGAGAAGGCGCGGCUCGACGCCGAGGAGUGCACGAAACUCAGACCGGACUUCCUGAAGGGUCAUUUGAGAUUAGCGCGCGCGCUGCGUUUGUUAGGUGCCUGCGAUAAGGCGCUGGAGGCGUGCAGGGCCGGGUUGGAGGUCGAGCGGAACUCGAAAUCACUAAGAGCGGAAUAUGUCGAGGCGAAGAGGGCGUUGCGAGCGCAGAAGCGCAAGCGGGCGAUCCAGGGCGACUUGCACGACCUGGCCGCGGAAAUGACGCCCGAGGUGUGUGUCGGCGUCCCUCUUUCACACGCGCGCGUCGCGGCGAUGGCGUCGGGCCGUCGCCGCCGACGUCUGUUCGCGGCGUUCUCGUUCGACGCGUGGGUCACGGCGACGGCACGCGGUCGGAGAGAAGCGGAUCGCACACGCCUCGACGCCGUCGGCGUGAGAGGGCGAGAGCCGCGGCGGGCCGUCGAUGCCGAGAGACGACACACGGACGCCCACAAACAAAUCACGCCACAAAACGACAAACACUAAAAAAAACACAGGAGCGCCGCUGGAAGGCCUGGUGGGCCGGCCAGGGCCACCCGACCUGCGUCAACAACACGAACCUCGAGCGGUACAUCCCGGACUGCCCCGUCGACGUUUCCUAUGAUGCGGAGGUCUCGCAGGAGCUCCACGGCCCGGACAACCUGCCGCGCCUAGAGGAAGAGGACGACGAGGACGAGGACGAUUUGUUACUCGAGGAGAUCUUGGAAAGGCUCAAGUGGGACGCGUUGCUGCCGAAAUUUGAAGAUGAAGGAUUGGGUCCGCGGUCGCUGUUGACGUGCGCGCGACUACCGGAGCUCCGACCCGUUUUACAAACUUUCCUCCAGGAUGAUAUGAAAGAGUUAGUAGCAUUAGCCGAGGCGCAGGCCAGCGACUGCCUCGAGGCGUCGUGGGACCGCGGCAGCGAGGCGAUCAGGGCCUUUCCGCCGUCCAACGCGCCGGGCCUGGCCUACACCUAUCCUGGCUUCUCGUGGCGGCAACGAGUCAGGGAGAUUGAGUUACGGGUGUUGCUGCCGCCCGGGUGCUCGGCGCGCGACCUUUGUGUGGAAGUCAAGCCGAGACGCAUCACGGUCAAGGUCAAGAAGACUGGUUUACGGGUCUGGCCCUACGAGCGCAACUCCUGGACGUCGAUCGUGGAUGUGGGGCCGCAGCUGCCGGGUGUUGUGUCUGAACCGCCUUCGUUUGAUGAGCACGAGGACGAUGUUUUAGAUGCGCUGGACGAGGUCGCGGACGAACCUAAACUGACGUCGGCCGCGGAGGCUUUUAGGAAGGCGAAGGCGCGCCCUGUUGUUGAUGAUGAUCACGCGUCCGAUGAUGAGCUCGAAGUGGAAGAACUGCCUAUGAGCGAUGACGAGCUCGAGGUCGAGGAGCUGCCGCUGAGCGAUGAUGAUGACAUCGAGGUCGAGGAGCUGCCGCCGAUCGCCGAGGCGCCGCCGCGGACGCUCAAGGCGCGCUGGGUCGAGGGCGGCCUCGCGCUCAAGGAGUUCGAGGUGUCUGAGCAAGACGUAAGAGCCCAGAUCUUCGCGCAGACGGCGAUCCCGCCCGAGCUCCAGAUUUUGGAGUCUGAUGGAGUUGUGGUGGCGGACGCGUCGAACGUGGACACGAUAGACGUCCGCGAGGCGGCGUCGACGGCCGAGGCCGCGCGCCUGUUACAACCAGUUCAAGAGGAGGAGGAGGCGGAGGAGGACGACGACAAUGCUUACGCCGACGCCGCGCCGGACACGGUCACUUUAUUAGAUUUCCCGACUUCCCGAAAGCUGCUCGUCGACGAGAGCGUGUGGCACGUGUCCAAGCCGCCCGCCCUUAAAGGCCACGCGCUCCAGGCGCCUAUUUUGGUGAUGCAGCUCGCCAAGUUCCAGAACUUGGAGAAGGGCACGGCCCAGGACGCGGCGCAGGCCUGGUGGCGCACGAUGUUUUUGGGCGCGGGCGAGGACGACUCGCUCAAGGCGCCGCCGGCGGGCUUCUUCAAGUGGAAGUAG